AUGGGAGAAAUGGCCACACCGAAGGAACAUCUUGAUUCAGCAGAGAUACAAUUUGCUCAGCGAUUAGCGUCAAACCGUAAACCAGUCAGAGACAAGGCGUUGAAGAAAUUACAGAAGUGGCUGGAAGCUAAAUCAAGUUCACAAAAUGAUGCCUUCAGUGAAAGUGACUUUAUUAAGAUAUGGAAAGGUCUUCACUAUUGUUUAUGGAUGCAGGAUAAACCUUUACUACAGGAAGAGCUUACUGAACGGAUCACACAGAUGAUACACGUAUUUGGCUCAGUUGAAAGUUCUCUACUGUUUGUCAAGGUUUUCUUCCUAACAGAGGCACGUGAAUGGGAUGUGUUGGAUAAAUGGCGCGUGGACAAGUUUAUGACACUUGUCAGAAGAAUGUUACAUCAAACACUCCUGUUCCUUAAAAACAUGAAUUGGCAGACAAAUAUUCUGACGGAGUUCACCAAUAUUUUGAGUUGUAACGUGAUGAGUCCUGACAAUGAAGCCAUACCUCAAGGCCUGCGCAUUCACCUAGCAGACAUUUACCUGUCAGAAUUAGAGAAAAUUGGUGCUGAACAGUUGACAGCUGAACAAGUUCUGACUUUCCUAGAGCCUAUCUUCCAGUAUCUACCAGGUGCUGUCAACACUGAUGUAAUGAAGAGGGUUUUUGCUCGUGUGUUUGGUGCGAUACUGGAGCAAACGCUAGACGAUGCAUUGGAAGCAGCUAAAAAAUUAAUGGAGAAAGAAGAGGAGGGAUCCGAAGAAAAUGCAGAUGACUUGGACAUGCCCGUAAGGUUACAG